GUGAUGGAUGAGGGCGACCGCGACUUGUACCGAUAGCUCCUCUUCGCAAGCUCACAAUCAUUAGCUGUCUCUUGAUUGGUCAGGCAAAGAGCUUCUGCCUUCGCCGUCUUGCUCACCUCCUCAUCACCUACAGAACCAGCACUUCCUCGAGUUAGCAGCUUUGGAUUCAGCUGCGUGAUUGUGACUCUCGUCAUCUCCGCCUUCGCUCGGCACCCCCAGCGUUAGCCAACUGUGACAAUCGCCUUGCGACACUAUCGAGCGCUCUCGGCAGCAAUGUCCUUCGUACGACUGGCCGGGCCCCGGAGUCAGCGUUUGGCGCAAGCCAGCGUAUCGGCGCCAAAGGCUGUUGCAACGUCGCUUCGCAAAUUCGCGACCACUUCGGCCAACGCAGCAGCCUCCCAGGAUGUCAAGGCAAAACAACACUACACGACGGCCGAGCAGCGCUCCCGCUACACGUCAAAUGUGUGCACAGCGCAAGCGCUGCUGGCCAACAUGGCCGCCAUGUAUGCUUGCUACCACGGCCCCAAAGGGCUCAGAAAGAUCGCAGCCAAGGUGCAUGCGCAGACCCGUCUUUUGGCGCUCGCGCUCUCUGAUCUUGGUCUGCCGGCUGACAAUGCCGGUGAAGCUUUUUUCGACACUCUCACCAUCGAACUUCCAAUCAGCGUUCCAGCAGCCAAGGUGCACAGCGAGGCUGCGGCAGCUCGCCUCAACGUCAGAGCUGAUUCAGUUACAAGAGUCGGCGUGACCCUUGAUGAGACCGUCACGUUCGAGGAGCUGCUGAACGUCAUCAAUGCGUUCGCGCGAGCAGCUGGCAAGCCGGAGCUCAGGCACGAGGAUUUGCUCCGCCUCGCCAGUGGCGCGGGCCUCGAUGCCGCCGCGCUCGAGACGCUUUCGAUCGGCAACGCACAAGGGCAGCAGGGCCCCUUCGCUCGAGAGUCCGACUUCCUGACACAGCCCGUCUUCAAUGCCCAUCGGAGCGAGACAGACCUGCUGAGGUACAUCCAUCACCUGCAGUCAAAGGACUUUUCGCUAGUACAUGGGAUGAUCCCACUCGGCUCCUGCACCAUGAAGCUCAACUCGACCACCAGUAUGAGCCUGCUUUCCGACCCUCGAUACAACGGCAUACACCCAUUCGCACCGGCCGAGCAGACAAAGGGAUAUGCCGAGCUUAUCGCUGAGCUCGAGUCCGACCUUUGCAAGAUCACUGGCUUCCCUGCAGUGUCGCUGCAACCCAAUUCGGGCGCUCAAGGGGAGUUUGCAGGCCUCAGUGUCAUCAGAGCGUAUCUCGACGCCAAUGGCCAGGGUCACAGGGACAUCUGUCUCGUCCCCACCUCUGCGCACGGAACGAAUCCCGCUAGUGCUGUCAUGGCUGGAAUGCGAGUUGUUGCUGUCAAGAGCCAGGCGGACGGCAACCUCGAUCUUGCAGAUCUGCGCGAGAAAGCGGAGAAGUACAAAGAUUCUCUAGCUGCAUUCAUGGUAACUUAUCCGAGCACCCAUGGAGUGUACGAAGAGGGUGUGCGGGAGGCGUGCGAGCUCAUUCAUGCGAACGGUGGUCAGGUCUACAUGGACGGCGCAAACAUGCAAGCUCAGGUCGGACUGACAAGCCCAGGUGUGAUCGGUGCUGACGUCACCCAUCUCAACUUGCACAAGACCUUUUCUAUUCCUCACGGUGGCGGUGGGCCAGGCGUUGGACCUAUUGGUUGUGCUGCUCACUUGGCGCCAUACCUCCCCGGUCACCCUCUAGACAGUCGAGCUGGAGGAGAGAAGGCAAUCGAAGCGAUCUCUGCUGCGCCAUGGGGCAGCGCGAGCAUCUUGACCAUUGCUUGGGCUUAUAUAAAGAUGUUGGGCUGGCAAGGCUUGCGCAAGAGCUCCACGGUCUCUUUGCUGUCUGCGAACUACAUGGCAAAGCGCCUCGCACCACACUACAAGCUUCGAUAUGUCAAUGGAAACGGCCGUUGCGCUCACGAAUUCUUGCUCGACCUUGCCGAGUUUGGAGCGCACAAGAUUACAGUCAGCGACGUUGCCAAACGUCUGCAUGAUUACGGCUUUCAUUCUCCAACUUGCUCGUGGCCCAUUAGCACUGGUCUUCUGAUCGAGCCAACAGAGUCAGAGUCGCUUGCCGAGCUGGACAGAUUCUGCGACGCCAUGAUCUCCAUUCGCGGCGAGAUCCAAGACAUUGCAGACGGAAAGCAAGGCGAUGAUCCGACCAACAACUCUCUUAAGAAUGCCCCUCAUCCAGUCGAGUGCUUGAGCGAUGGAGAGUGGGAUAGGCCUUAUUCUCGUCAGCUGGCGGUGUACCCUUCGCAAGCAACUCGCGAGAGAAAGUUCUGGCCCUCCGUUGGCCGCCUUGAUGACGCCCACGGCGAUAUGAACCUCAUUUGUGAAUGCGGUGAUGUGGCCGACUAUGCGUUUGAGGAAAGUAAGAAGAAAUAGAGGGCUCGCCUCCUGUCUCUUUCUUGUCCCUUUCUUGUCC